CCACGGCGGCUAGGAGCGCCGGCGAGCGCAGCCCGGGACCGCGCUGGGCGGCGCGGCUGGCGGGGCUGGCGGGGCUGGCGGCAGCUGGAGAGAGAUCGCGACACGACGCGACGGCGGCUUCCCGAGCUCCGCCAGGCCACCCAGCGCCGCAGCUCACCCGAGGCCUGGAGGGGUCCGGGCCGCCGUCCAUGGUCGCAGCGUCCUGAGGCGGGGGACGCGCCGGGUGCCCCCAGCUCUCCUCUGCCGCCUCCUCUCGGGCGGGCGGCCUCCUCCGGCGCCUCCCUGCGCCCGCCCGCUCGCCCGCCGCCUCCCUCCCUCGCUCCCCGCGGCUCCCCCGGCUUUCGGGAGCCCGGGGGCGGCCUGUGGCGUGCGGAGUCCCCGCCGGACUGCGCCUGUUUGGACCUUGAGGGGAAACAUGCGUUUGCCUUGGAUCGUUUUAAAGUCUUAGUUUGGGAUCCCCGCCCGCUUGCUUCUUCCACCGCGCGGGUUUUCUUUCUUUCUUUUUUUUUUCUUUUUCUUUUUUCCUUUUUUUCCCUCCUGGUCUCCUUUUUGACUCCCUCCCCCUUUAUGCUCGCCCAACCCUCUUCCCGCUGCUGAGAAGUGGGGGAGGGUCUCGGCCUCCAGGUUCCCUCCCCAUCGGGGCCCGGGCGAGCAUGGGGGGCAAGCAGAGCACGGCGGCCCGCUCCCGGGGCCCCUUCCCUGGGGUCUCCACCGAUGACAGCGCCGUGCCCCCCCCGGGAGGGGCGCCCCACUUUGGGCACUACCGGACGGGCGGCGGGGCCAUGGGGCUGCGCAGCCGCUCGGUUAGCUCGGUGGCGGGCAUGGGCAUGGACCCCAGCACGACCGGAGGGGUGCCCUUUGGCCUCUACACCCCCGCCUCCCGGGGGACCGGCGACUCCGAGAGGGCGCCCGGCGGCGGAGGGUCUGCGUCCGACUCCACCUAUGCCCAUGGCAAUGGUUACCAGGAGACGGGCGGCGGUCACCAUAGAGACGGGAUGCUGUACCUGGGCUCCCGAGCCUCGCUGGCGGAUGCUCUACCUCUGCACAUCGCACCUAGGUGGUUCAGCUCGCACAGUGGUUUCAAGUGCCCCAUUUGCUCCAAGUCCGUGGCUUCUGAUGAGAUGGAAAUGCACUUUAUAAUGUGUCUGAGCAAACCACGCCUCUCCUACAAUGAUGACGUGCUGACUAAAGACGCGGGUGAGUGUGUGAUCUGCCUGGAGGAGCUGCUUCAGGGUGACACGAUAGCCAGGCUGCCCUGCCUGUGCAUUUAUCACAAAAGUUGCAUAGACUCGUGGUUUGAAGUGAACAGAUCUUGUCCAGAACACCCUGCGGACUGACCCGCUGGGCUUGCUGACUCCUCUCAAAGAUUGCCGUUUGCUGCCCAGCUCUGCCCCACUCAGUGACAAGUGACCACAGCCCAGGCCCCACCCCAGCGUGGUGACGGCAUGUGAGUGCACGCGCACAGCCCUACCCUGACCCCCCUUUGGCCACUUCAUCGCCAUCCCUGCCACCCUGGUGUUUUUUCUCCAUUUUUCUGUUUUGAUUUUGCACUGUUCUCCCCUUGGGACCCUGAUAUCUUGACUUCAUUGCCAAAAAAAUAGCCCGUCGAGACCUUUCCCCUCCAUUCCCAUUUCUUCUUUUCUCCUGGUUCUGGUCAGUUCAGAGGAUCUAACAAUCACAAGUGUCCUGCAAAAAUGCCUGAACAUUUUUCUUAGACCCUUGUGGAUUUUUUUUUCCAGAAAACAAAACAAAAAAAAAAUCAUCAAAAAAUAUGUGUAGCUACCCCUGUUUUCAGGCACUCUGUUUGAGAACAUUUUAGCCAUUAAUGUUCACACGUGGCAUCAGCCUAUGCCAGAUAGGUUUCUGUAUUUAUAUAUUAAAAUACAAAAAAAAAAAACUUAUAAAAUGUAAAAAAAAAAAAAAAUGUUCAAAGCUUGGGAAAAAGCUUUCCUCAAUA